UAUGGCCCAAGUGUUUAUUGUUUCCUUUUAUCUCUGCUAAUUCGGGAAAGUUAAACUGCUGGAGGCUUGAAGAGAGAUAGCGCAGUCCUCAGAAAUCGGCUCUAAUUGACGCAGUUAUGGCCGAAGACCACUUCAGUGUUGUCGACUAUGUUGUCUUCUCCAUCAUGUUACUUAUCUCGGCACUGAUCGGGAUUUGGUAUGGCUGCGGACCGGGUGGAAACAAACAAAGGACAACGGCCGAGUAUCUUCUGGGCGACCGCCAAAUGAAGAACUGGCCUGUCGCCAUAUCGAUUCUAGUGUCGUUCCUCUCAGCGAUCACUCUCCUUGGAUUACCAGCAGAGAUCUACACCUAUGGAACACAGUUCUACUUGAUCAUCAUAAGCUACGUAUUGAUUUGUAUACCUGUGGGCGCCGUCUACAUUCCAAUGUUUAGACGAAUCAAGAUCACUUCGGUGAACGAGUACCUUGACAUGCGCUUUUCUUUUGGUGCAAGAAUGCUUGGCUGUGCAUUCUUCUUGCUAUCGGUGACUCUGUAUCUGUUCGUGGCGUUGUUUGCUCCUUCACUGGCAUUGGAAGCGGUCGCAGGUAUUCCGCUCUCAGUUUCCAUCGUCGCUACAGGGGUUGUGUGUACUUUUUACACUUCUUUGGGUGGUCUCAAGGCAGUGGUUUGGACAGACGUAUUUCAAUCGAUCAUUAUGCUAGCAGGUCUUAUUACAGUUGCUGUCAGUGGAAGUUUAGAAGUAGGCGGGCUGAGCAAAGUCUGGGAGAUCAAUAAAAAACACGGACGAAUCAACUUCUCUGAUUUCAACCCAGACCCCCGGAUUCGUAACACAUUCUGGACGCUUACCAUGGGAGGCACUAUCGCCCUGCUCCCAGUCUGGGCAACCACUCAAUACUUUGUACAGCGGUAUCUCGCAGUAAGGACACUCAAAGAGGCUAAAAGAGCGUUAUGGCUGAAUAUACCUGGGCUGAUCAUUGUGGUAACUAUUUGUACAUUGGACGGAAUGGUGAUAUUUGCAACAUACGCUGAUUGUGAUCUGAGAGAAACUAAGAAGAUCUCGAGAGGCGACCAGGUUCUUCCGUAUUUCGUCAUUAACAAGCUUGGACAUCUCAAGGGCCUGCCUGGAAUGUUUACUGCAUGUCUGUACGGCGCUGCUCUCAGCACAAUAUCCUCGGCUUUAAAUGCCAUGUCCCUUGUGACAGUUGAAGAUCUCAUCAAGCGAAGAAUAAAUUUAACCGACUCUGAAGCCACAAAAAUCAGUAAAGUAAUGGCGGUCUUCUAUGGCGGAAUUGUGAUGGGUGGAGCUUUUGCAGUGAAAUAUACUGGUGCAAUGGUUCUCCAGCUUGCUUAUAGUAUCACUGGUAUCUUUGGUGGAGCACUGCUUGCAGUUGUCACACUUGGAAUGUUUGUUCCAAGGAUGAACUCAAAGGGUGUCUACUUCGGAGUUCUGACAGGUGUCGCGUUGUCAGCAUGGGUGUUCGUUGGUUCUGUUUUCUACCCGCCUGAUACCAACCCAGGCCUACGUUCGGUAGAGGGGUGUUCAUUUUACCAACAAGCUCUGAUAAACGACACACAGGGGAUUCUAUCCAAAUAUGACAAUGGAACCAUUAGAAACCGUUUCAAACCACAUACGGGCACUCCGUUAGCUGACCUAUACAGCUUGUCUUAUUUUUGGAUUUCUGGAGUGUCAUUUGGUGCAGCAUUCAUUGUUGGAUUGAUCGCAAGUUUUGCCUUCGAAACUGAGGCAGACAGGCGUAAGAAAGUGGAUUCCAAGUUGCUAUUCCCAACAAAAGCUUGGUUACGCGGCUUUCUGCCUGGUCACAAAUUCACAUGGGAAGAAGAAGAAAUGGCGUAUCUAAGCCAGGGAAAUGAGGUCCAAAAUAAGAAACAAGAGAACGAUCUCCUGAAAAACGAGGAUACCAAAUUGUAGUCAGACGUGUUCAUAUGAUCAUUGUAUCAAAAGAUGAUCCAGCAAUAUAUCUUCAUAGCUCUUUCGAUGUUGCAUUCAGCCCAUGGUGGCUGAAAAAAGCGGACAUUCGAUUGCCAUUUUCAGCAGUAGCAACAAUAAACUAGUAACCACAAUAACCCAGUACCGAACAGUAUGUAAAAGAAACACAUAACUUGGUAUCAUUUAACUUCUUUAAGGCUGAAAGUUUUGACAACAGCCAAAUCGGCAGAAAGCAAUACCACAUAGUUUUGUCAGUUUUUCUUUGAAAAAAAAAAAUUAAAUAAAGCAUAAUGUCCUUCUCAGGUUC